ACCGGCAUGGUAGACCGAGGUUUCUGACCAGAAAUUUAGAUCUGAUCCAGAAAACAAAGAGCAUCUCAGUUGCUGGUCAUGUCUCGAGAACAGAAGAAAAUGAUCAAGGCCCAGGAAUCACUGACAUUCAGCGAUGUGGCUGUGGAGUUCAGCUGGGAGGAGUGGCAGCUCCUGGACCCUGCUCAGAAGGACCUGUACCAAGACGUGAUGUUGGAGAACUACAACAACCUGGUGUCACUGGGAGGUUCUCAAAACGGGGACACCAGGAUCACAGGAUGUGCUCUGCUCCCAUCUCUUCUUCAUUGUGAAAUCUGGAAAUUUGAUGAUCAUUUACCUGGGCCCUGGCAAAAUGAAAGCAGAGUGGAUGGAAUGGAACAGUGCAAUGAACAUAAUAUAUUGAAAAAUAUUGUUUAUCAACACAAACGUCGUUUUCCUUUAAGGCAAAGUCAUAUGUUUGAAUUACAUGGAAAAGCUGUGAAAUCAAAUUUAACUUUACCAGCAGUCAACCAGAGCAGAAGCUAUGAACUGAAGAACUCUGCAGAGCUUAACAGACAUGAGAAAACCUUUCUCCAUGCUCACCCUGAGCAAUUUGUUACUGAAUCUAAAUUCCCUGAGAGUCAGAUAUCCAACACCACUAAAUCCCAACUCUUUAAGCACCAGAAAACUCACAAGGUAGAGAAACCGCAUGUAUGCAGCGAAUGUGGUAAAGCCUUCAUCAAGAAGUCUUGGCUCAUUCAUCAUCAGAUAACUCAUACUGGAGAGAAACCCCACAGAUGCAGUCUAUGUGGCAAAGGCUUUUCUAAAAAGUACAAUCUCACGGAACAUCAUCAAAGAACUCAUAAAGGACAAAAACCUUAUGAAUGCACAGAAUGUGGCAAAGCCUUUCUCUAUAAUUCACAGCUCAAUAAACAUCAGAAAAUUCAUAUGGCAGAUAAACCCUUUAUAUGCCAUGAGUGUGGAAAAGGCUUCACUGAGAAGUCAUUUCUCAUUAUUCAUCAGCGAACACAUACUGGGGAGAAACCCUAUAUCUGCAGUGAAUGUGGAAAAGGCUUCAUCCAGAAGGGAAAUCUCAUUAUUCAUCAGCGAACUCAUACUGGAGAGAAACCCUAUGUUUGUGGUGAGUGUGGUAAAGGCUUCAGCCAGAAGUCAUGCCUUAUUGCACAUCAGAGAUUUCACACAGGAAAGAGUCCCUUUGUAUGCAGUGAAUGUGGAAAAUCUCUUACCCAGAAGGCAAGUCUCAUUAGACAUCAGAAAAGUCACAGAAGAGAGAAACUCUUUCAAUGUAGUGAAUGUCCAAAAGCUUUCCCCACAAAGCACAAGUUUAUUGUUCAUCAAAGAACUCAUACAGGAGAGAGACGGCAUGGCUGCAAUGAGUGUGGAAAAACUUUCCCCUACAUGUCUUGCCUUCUUAGACAUAAAAGAAAACACACAAGGAAGAAACGUGUAGAUUCAGGCAAGGUGGAAAACCCUUCCUCAGCGAGUCAUGCCUCCUCACCUACCAGUGAUCUCAUUUGGGACAAAAAGCCUGUUAGUACAGUGACUGUGCACAUACCUUCUGUGGCAGCUCAGACAUCAGUGAACACCAGCGGGCUCCUAACUAAUAGCAACGUGGUCCUUGUGGGACAGCCUGUUGCCAGAAGGGAACCAUCAGGAGAUAACAGAGAAUUUGUACAGCAGGGAGUCCUUAUGAACGCAGUGAAUGUGGUAGUGCCCAUGAAUGCGGUGAAUGUGGUAGUACCUUCAGUGUCCAAUUAUAUCUUAUAUUAUAUUCCACAAAACCCAUAGGAUAAACUCAGAUGCAUUCACUGGGGACUAGUGAUUAGGAAAAAUCUCUGCUUCAUUAUAUAGCUAUAAAGUGUAUCAUGAGGGAAAUCAUAUGAAUGCAGGAAUUGGGAAAGCUUAAUAAGUUUAUUGUAUCUAAAUGUGUGCAUUGAUAUCGAGACAAUCUGAUUUUAACCAAAACUCAUACACAUUGAUUGCUCUGUUGUGUCAAUUAAAUGAAUGAAAGUCUGAGUUCACGUCAGUGAACAAAAUAAGUAAUGUGAAUUUUGGAAACAGAAAAGAUAAUUGGUAUCCGGCAUGUUGCUUCUUGUUACUUGCCUUCAAGCUAGUUAUGAGACAUAGCUACCCCAUGUGGUAUAAAUGAAAAAUCACUUAGGGAAGAAACCUGAGGGGCAAUAUUGGAUGGGUGGGAUUUGGACAUAUAUACGUUAGUUCAGAUCCCCCAGAUCAGUGUGAAGGAACAAUUGAAAACCAGAAUGUCUACCAUCAAUUUUAGAACUUUAUAUUGUGCAGAGGGACCUAUGACACAAUAGACUGAGUUUGAGUCUAUUCAUGAUUGUAAAGAAUGUUUGUCACAUAUUGCCUUUGUACUUGGCCCUGUUUCCAGGAGCUGAAGAUGCUAUGGUGAAUAAAGAAGAAAAAGUCCGUGCCUUCUUGAAGA